GCAGGCGCUCUCAUUUGCGUUCCAGCAUCCGCCGCGUUUUGUCGUGUCCUCCCGUGUCCUCUGCCAGGGUCCUCUGUGUGAGUGUGUUGGUGUGUGUACUGUGGUAUCGUGUACGCGUUGGAAUCGUGUAAAACCUCGUACAGCGUGUGUGUGAGUGGCGCUGUGCGCCCCCUCGUGCAUGCGUUUCGUAGCGUCCCAGCUAACCAAACGGUUUUUUGGGGGGAUUUGGAUGGUGUAGAGGUUAAGUGUGCGUGUGUGUUAAGGUGUUCGAUUUGUGGCAGCAACACGAGGCAGGAGGGCGAAAACACGGAAUCCUUUUGCCACGACAAAUAUGCGGUUAGUGGUGUUAGUGGCGACGGUGGUGCUGCUUGCGGCGAACGUUAGUGCCGGGAAAGCGGAGUCGGAAAAGAAGAGCACGGCCGCCAGCAAAUCGUGCGGUGCGCACGAGUUCCAGUGCGAAAAUGGGGCCUGCAUACCUGCCGCCGGCCACUGCAACGAUAUACAGGACUGUGCCGACGGCAGCGACGAGUCUGGAUGUGAUUACUUUCUCUGCAGGGCGCCGUUCUGGUACCGGUGCCGGCACGAGUCGACCUGCAUCAGCGGCUCGAGCCGGUGCGACGGCCAGCGGGACUGUCUCGGCGGGGACGACGAGGAGAACUGCGACAACUACGAGGUGCCGCACCGGGCGCCCCUCUGCAGCAAGGCGGAGUUUACCUGCACCGACCGGGCCUGCAUCCCGGCCGACCUGGUGUGCGACGGCGUCCAGCACUGUCUGGACGGGUCGGACGAAACGAUCGGCUGCAUCGACAUCGCAGGGAAGUGCAAGGGCUUCCUGUGCCGCAACAAGCACUGCCUGCAGUCGCACCACUGGGUGUGCGACGGGCUGGACGACUGUGGCGACGGCUCGGACGAGGAGCACUGCGUGAGCGAGUGUACGCUCGAGCACGGGAAGUACGAGUGCGCGAACAACCACACCUGCGUGGACGUGACGCAGGUGUGCAACGGGGCGGACGAUUGCGGCGACGGCAGCGACGAGGGCCCGGGCUGCAAGGUGCCGGCGGACGGUUGCAAGGCGCUGCACUGCGCGCCGCAGACGUGCAAGGUGCUGCCGGACGGGAAGCCGGUCUGCCUGUGCGGCGUCGGCUUCCGGUUCGAGCCGAGCGCGGGCCGUUGCGUGGACGUGAACGAGUGCGCCCGGUACGGGCUGUGCUCGCAGGGCUGCAUCAACACGCCCGGCUCGUUCCGCUGCACCUGCAUCGACCAGUUCCACCUGAUGCGGGACGGGCGCACGUGCGAGCUGUCGUCCGGCACGGAGGCGCUGAUGCUGUACACCACUCAGAAGGCGGUCGGUGCGAUGUACCUGACCUCACUGCACCAGUACUACGUCGCGAAGGAGCUGUCGCAGGUGAUCGGCGUGGCGUACGACGGCAGCCACGUGUACUGGACGGACAUCUCGCACAAGACGGAGUCGAUCGAGCGGUCGCUGGAGGACGGCAGCGACCGGGUGCAGCUGCUCACCGCCGGCCUGAUCUCGCCCGAGGACAUCGCGCUCGACUGGCUGACCGGGAACAUCUACUUCAGCGACAGCGGCCAGAUGCACAUUGCCGUCUGCUCGAGCGACGGCUACCACUGCCGGGCGAUCGUGCAGGACGAGCUGCACAAGCCGCGCGGGAUCGCGCUGCUGCCGCAGAACGGCACGCUGUUCUACAGCGACUGGGGCAACAACGCGAUGAUCGGACGGGCCCGUAUGGACGGCACCGAGCAGCAGGUCGUCGUUAGCGACGGCAUCCACUGGCCGAACGGGCUGACGCUCGACUGGCCCAACCAGCGGCUGUACUGGAUCGACGCCAAGCUGAAGCGCAUUGAGAGCAUGCACUUUGACGGCACCGACCGGGUGGUGGUGCUGGACGAUGUGCUGAAGCACCCGUUCUCGAUCGCGGUCUUCAACGACCGGCUGUACUGGUCCGACUGGGACACCAAGAGCAUUCAGUCGUGCGACAAGUUUACCGGCAAGAUGCGCCAAACGCUCGUCCACGAUCGCAUGAUAUUUGAUGUGCACGUCUAUCACUCGAGCAUACAGCCGAAGGUAAGCCAUGCCUGCGCGAAACACACCUGCACCCAUCUCUGUCUGCUCACCUCGAACGCGACGUACGCGUGCGCCUGCCCGCAAGGGAUGGAGCUGUCGCGGGACAAGCACAGCUGCGCCAGCGUCGCCAAGCGGCAGGACAUCCUGCUCGGCAUCGGCCACUAUCUGGUGACGCUCAAGCAUCACCCGUUCGGGCGGCAUGCGACGGGGCGCGGGGAACCGCUGCCGGUCGCUACGAUCAGCCGGCUCGCGUUCAACAGCCUGACCGGCGAGCUGUUCGUCGCGGACAACAGCCGCCGGGCGAUCUACACGGUCGAGCUCGGGUCGCUCCACACUCAGCGGCUGGUCCGGAGCGGCAUCGGCCGGAUAACAGCACUCGCUUUCGACUACCUAAGCAACACGCUGUACUGGUCCGACGCAGAACGGUCCACUAUUGAGAUAUAUAGUUUGCAGACCCGGCAUCGUUCGAUCAUUCAGCACUACCUCGGGGACGAUGCGCCGGUCGCGCUCGCGCUCAUCCCCGAGACGGGCAAGAUGUUCGUGGCGCUCCGGUCGCCCUCCGGCCACACGCACAUCGACCGGCAGGACAUGACGGGCCGCGGUCCGCACACGCACGUCAUCGAGGAGCGGCUAGGCAGCAACGGUACGAUCAGCUUCGCGGUCGACCAGGACCUCCGGUCCGUCUUCUGGACCGACAGCGGCACGAACCGGAUCGAGAUCACCAGCUUCGAGGGGGACACGCGCCACCUGUUCCGGGAGUAUCUGCGCGAGCCGGUCUCGCUCGCGAUCAUCGGCAGCGAGCUGUUCUGGACGUGCCGCGGCUCCCAGCGGCUCUACUGGUCGGACAAGCACAACGUCGGCGCGACGAAGCGCAUCAGCGUGCAGCUGCCGCCCGAUCUGGCCGUGCCGGACGAGAUGCCGAUCGCGGCGAGCCAACCGACGACCCGCCGGCCCGACCACCCGUGCACGCGCAGCAACGGCGGCUGCUCGCACAUCUGCGUGGCGGGCGGGCUCUACACGAGCGCCUGCGUCUGCCCGACCGGCAUGGUGUUCAACACGACGCUGGCCCGCGUGUGCAUCGAUGCGGCCGCCUGCGCCUUCCGCUGCGCGUCGGGCGAGUGUCUGGCGAGGGGGCUGCGGUGCAACGGGCGCGUCGACUGCAUGGACCAGUCGGACGAGCAGGGCUGCGAGAGCAAGACGCCGGCGGGCGCCGGCACCACCGGCUGCCGGUGGAACGAGUUCCGCUGCGCGGACGGGAGCCGCUGCAUCGCCGCGACGAGCCGGUGCGACAGCCGGCCGGACUGUGCCGACCGGUCGGACGAGGCGAACUGCGAGGGGUACGAUCGGCGCACUAACUGUACGCGCUACCAGUUCAGCUGCGCGGACGGGUUCUGCGUCGAUGCGACGGCCCGGUGCGACCAGGUGCCGGACUGCCCGGACGGCUCGGACGAACAGGAGUGUGCGGGUGUGGGGGGUAAGGGCGGCGUGGUAGCGACGACGUGCGCGGUCGGCAUGUUCCGCUGCAACAGUGGGCAGUGCGUGCCGGGCAGCUGGGAGUGCGACGGCAGCCCCGACUGCCACGAUGCGUCCGACGAGCACGAGUCGUGCCAGCCGGCAGAGAAGAAGCAGAAGGAGGGGAAGGAGAAGGAGCAGGAGCGAUGCGGGGAAGGGCGCUUCCGGUGCGGCGUUGGGUUCUGCAUCAGCAGCGCGUUGGUGUGCGACGGCAACGAUGACUGCGGCGACGGCACGGACGAGGAGCAUUGCGUCGGGCGGAUCGGGGCGGCGGCGGCAGCGGCCCAGUGCAGCGAGCAGGCGAUCGCGAACGGCACCGCGUACCGGUGCGCCCGGUCCGGAGCGUGUCUGCCGGCGGCGGCCCGCUGCAACGGGACGGCGGAGUGCCCGCACGGCGAGGACGAGACGGGCUGCAGCAACUGCGGGCUGCGCGAGUUCCAGUGCGCGGACGGCCAGUGCAUCCGGCAGGAGUGGCGCUGCGACCACGACCAGGACUGCGACGACGGCUCGGACGAGCGGAACUGCACAGCGGGGGCGGACGGCAGCACUGCCCACACCCACGCGAUCGACUGCGGCCGGGACACGUUCGAGUGCGGGCCGGGCGAGUGCAUCCCGGUGGCGAAGCUGUGCGACGGCCGGCGCGACUGCACCAACGGGCACGACGAGGAGGGCGCCUGCGCGUCCGCCUGCACCGGCGGGCUCGGCCCGUGCGCCCAGAUCUGCCAGAAAUCCCCCGCCGGCUCGAUCUGCGCCUGUCUCGAGGGGUACGAGCUGGCGGGCGACCGGAAAACCUGCACCGACGUGAACGAGUGCGCCCGGGGGCAACCGUGCGCCCAGCAGUGCGCCAACGUGCACGGCUCGUACCGGUGCGCCUGCCACGACGGCUUCAUGCUGCGCCCGGACAAGGCGUCCUGCAAGUCGGUGGGGCCGGCGCCGCGCCUUCUCUACACCGCCCUCGACCAGGUGCGGCAGCUGACGCUGCAGCAGCCGCCCCGCAUCGACACGGUGCUGCGGGCGAACGGGAGCCGCAUCACCGCCCUCGACCUGGACGUGCGCCUGCGCCGGCUGUACUACGCCGCGGAGAACGGGGCCGCCCUGUACGAGCACGAUCUGCGCACGAACGAGACGCGCGUGCUGGAGAACGUGGGCCGGCCGGACCGGCUGGCGGUCGACUGGGUCGCCGGCAACGUGUACUUCGCCGACGCGACCGAACCCUCGCUCAAGGUGUGCCACUUCGGGCGGGGGGCGUGCGCCCGCGUCGCCUCCUUCUCCCAGCGCAACUACGUGAAGGCGGUCGCGGUCGACCCGGUCAACCGGUACCUGUUCUACGCGCUGCUGUUCUCCUGGAUCUUCCAGGUGCCGCACACGAUCGUGUACCGGGCCCGGCUGGACGGGUCGCUGCAGGAGAUCGUCACCAAGCAGGCGGGCAUCGUGUCGGCGCUCGCGGUCGACCCGCAGGCCCAGCUGCUCUACUACACCGAGCUCGCCGGCAACACGCUGCGGCGCGUCGACUACCUCGGCCAGGGGCAGCGCGUGCUCGCCGAGGACCAGCCCGGCCUGCUGCACCAGCCGGUGCAGCUGAGCGUGUACGAGAACCAGGCGCUGGUGGUGAACCGGGCCCCGCCCGGCUCGAUCGGCCAGUGCCAGCUGUACGGCCAGUACCGGUGCGAGCCGUACCGCGUGAACGUGCCGCCGACCGGGCUGCUGCUGGUCGUGCAGGAAUCGCGCCAGCCGAUGGUGCCGAACGUGUGCGACCGGGCCAACUGCACGCAUCUGUGCGUGGCCGUCGGGCCGGUCGCUCGCUGCAUCUGCGAGAACGGGCUGGAGAUAGCGCAGGGCGAUCGGUGCGCCGAGCCGAAGGAUGGGGCCCGCGCGAUGAAACCGUACCGCGGCACCGUGCUGGUUGGGGCGGCAGCGCCCGCCCAGCCGACGGCCGCCGACGGUGCCGACGACGAAAGGGCCAGCUGGUUGGCCGGCCUGCUGCACGUGCUGCUGUACGCGACGCUCGUGGGUGCGACGGUCGGUGCCGGGUGGUACGUCUAUCGCCAGCGGUUCCAGCACAAGUUCGACGUCGGCAUACACUUCAACAACACCGAGCUGAGCACGAGCGAGAACGCGCCGGUGGAGCUGUGCAAGAUGCAGGGAAGGAACAUGCUCACGCUGGUGCAGCAUCCGGCCGAGGGGGACGCGCUGUCGGUGACCAGCGGCGCCACGGACGGCAACGGGCCGGACAUACAGAACUUUGCGGUCGGUUCGACCGACACGCCGUACUACAACUGCGACGACGAUCUGCACGAGCGGCUGAUCGUUUGAGGGGUUCCGCGAGCGCCUAAAUGUAUGCACUUGGGCCCCCGGGGGUAGCGCAAUGGGUGUUGUUUUUGUUGUUGUUGUUGUUGUUGUGCUUUUAACCCUCGUGCCACCCUCGACUGUACUUUCGCACGGCCGUUUGCUGCCGUUUUCGUUUCGCUGCCUGUGAGACUUUCUGCUGGAAUAUUUGUAUGUUUUAGAACGUAAAAUAAAACAUUCCGCUUCCGUUCGUGCCGGGGAACCAAGUGGAUGUAGCUAGAUUUAAAAA